AGCAAACCCGUUCGAACCACAAGCAUCUUCCCCAAUUUUCACCCUGUCUUCUCCAAAACCUCCAUAUCCAUGACCAAGAAGCUUCAAUUCACCCAAAAAUAUCCCAAAUUAAACCCCACAAAAGCUUCCCCUCAUCUUCCUCAUUACUCCCAUACCCUUAAUUCCCAUUUUUCUUCCCCCACGACCCAAGUCCAAAUCCCUAGCCAAGAAAAACCCCCAAUUUCUCAAAAUCAUAUCCCAAAAGAACUAGACCCUCCUCCUCCACGACAUCGACUUCGCUCCCCAAAGUUCCCUGAUACAAAGGACUACAGUUCGCCUCACAAGCUCAUCGAAAAAAAUUCAUUGAGCAGACCAAAAGGCAGAUACACAUGUAGCUUCCUUUAAUAGGCUAGGAUUGACCUCCUUGAGCAGACCAAAAAAAAUUCAUUGAGCAGACAAAAAAAAAUUCAUCGACACUGUUUCGUUGACUGCAUUGAUGCUAUUUGACUUGAAGUUUGAGCUAUAUAUGCAAUAGGCUAGGAUUGACCUCCUUGAUGAAUGUAGACUAUAUAACCCACAUGAGAAAGUUGUGUAUGAUUUUUUGGGUUUUGUUAAUUUUACUGUGAAUGCUGAUGAUGAGUAUGAGGACAAACUCACUUUCCGUUUAUUCAACAAUGAAAAAGAAUUAACGAAACGUGAGUUUGCAUUCAUACUUUGAUAACCAGGUCCACUUCUCAUCCAUACCUGCUCACCAUCAACACCCUACAUGGUAUGACCCCUCUUCUUGGGGUAACUUUGGUGGAGCAAACGGUAGUGGAGGAGGCUAUGGCGGUGAGGACAGCGGUUAUGGUGGCUACCACGGCGAGGAUGAUGGCGGGGAGCACUAGGGACAAUGCUUGGACAAGGAACUCAUUCCAAUUGGGAGCUCUUGGGAUUCAAGAAAUGACAAGUUUAUUUGUUCGUGAAAAUCAUGAAGACCCGAUUGUCAUUCGGGGAUGAAAUGUAAAAGUUGAAUGCUUUACCAGCAUUGAACUUACUUCUUAAUUCCGUUUCUAUGAAUUGUGAAUUGCUAUGUUGAUUUUUACUCGAGGUUGUUAAAUAUUUGUCCCACACCAGAAAGUUAUAAAAUAAUAAAACAUGC